AUGCAAUCAGUUGUCAAAACUGUCAAAUCUAGGUGUUUGCACUUUACAGUUUAUCGAAAUUAUUUUCUCAAAAUAAAUUAAGUUUUCAGUUAUUUUCAUUUUGUUAUCGUAUUCUAUACCAUCGAAACUAAUAUGACUGAACAACAAAUGGAUUGUGCGUUGGACUUGAUGCGGAGGCUGCCUCCCCAACAGAUCGAAAAGAAUCUGACGGACUUAAUAGACCUCGUGCCUAAUUUGUGUGAGGAUCUGCUAUCAUCAGUGGACCAGCCCUUGAAGAUCGCGCAGGACCGAAGCAACGGCAAAGACUACCUUUUGUGCGAUUAUAACAGAGAUGGAGACUCGUACAGAUCUCCUUGGUCGAACACUUACGACCCACCAUUAGAGGAUGGCUCUAUGCCAUCCGAAAAGUUGAGGAAAUUAGAAAUUGAGGCCAAUUAUGCAUUUGAUCAGUAUAGAGAAAUGUAUUUCGAGGGUGGGGUGAGCUCAGUGUACUUAUGGGACAUGGAUCAUGGGUUUGCAGGAGUGAUCCUGAUAAAAAAGGCCGGCGAUGGCUCCCAGAAGAUCAAAGGUUGCUGGGACUCCAUCCACGUGGUGGAAGUCGUGGAGAAGAGUUCAGGACGUAAUGCACACUACAAGCUCACUUCCACCGCCAUGCUCUGGCUUCAAACGAACAAGGAAGGAAGUGGAACUAUGAAUUUGGGAGGCAGUCUCACUAGACAGGCUGAACAAGACUCCGCGGUCAGUGACGUGACCCCCCACAUAAUAAACAUCGGCCGCAUGGUGGAAGACAUGGAGAACAAGAUUAGGAAUACACUCAAUGACAUUUAUUUUGGCAAGACCAAAGACAUAGUGAACGGGCUCCGCUCGGUGGUGCCGGCCGACGUGGCGCGCCGCACCGCCGCGCUGCAGCACGACCUCGCGCUGGCGCUGCAGCGCCGCCACGUCGCGCGCCACGACUAACAGGUACUAACGGACG